AUGGAUUGUGGAAAAGAGUUCCUUUACCACAAUGAAAGAGAGAUAUAUGAAAUCUUGGUGAUGAAGCUUUCAAGAGAUCCAAUUGAGUCAAUGAAACUUCUUGCAUUGUGGUUAUGGUUGGAAGAGAUCGGAUAUGGUAACGUGGUCCACAAGAUAUAUUCUUCAUCUUCAACAUCAUACACUAUUAUCAAUGAAAUUGCAGAUGAAGGUGUUACUUGUCUUAAUUGUAUCAACACAAGUAUGAUACAUUCAUCAUUUGAAUUUAAUGAAGAUGACAUUCCUCAAAUGUGUUGCCUUAUGGAUAAAGAAAUAUCUCUCAAGAUGUUAUAUGAAAAUAAGAUUUUGGCUAAAAAAAUGGUGGAUAUGAUGUUAAAGAACAUGUGCAUGGUGGUGUUGGGAGAUAUCAUGGAUAAAGUUAAUACGAAGAUCAUAGGUGAUGAUGAGAAGUAUAACAAUGUCAAUCAAAUCUCUACUAUAGUUUGA